AUGGAAGUGGUUGUCGCCCUUCAAGCACUCACUAAUCUUUCACUGAAUAUCUCCACUGAGCAGAUUCCUCAAUUUGUACCAGCCAUACCGCAUUGUCUGUCACGACUAUGGGUCCGAGGAGAGCCCAACAUCAAUGCUCUCCGAUUACUCGUCAAUCUGAGCUGUUGCCCCGACAUGGUGCCGUACAUGCUUGGCUCAAAGUCAGUGAGUGGUCUGCUACGAUUGUUGGACACCGAUCGUGAAGAGGUUUUGCUUCGCGCCAUCACGUGGCUGUUAUGUACGUCGUCAGCAGUGGACGCACUUCAUCUGACCUACGACAAAAUAGCUUGCCAUAAUCAGGACCCAUUCCGUAAUCCAGCACACACACUCUACCAUUCCAUAUACGGCCCAAAAGGUCGGGAGGAGCUGGAAGUACGUGCUAGAGAACUGACGCAUCACUCGAACGCUGACGUUUGCAAUAAAGCUUCAAGAUUACUGGAGAUACUGAAGAACAUUCCACCGUUCGCAACACCCGGCUCGCAAUUGAAUCGAUUAUGA